GGAGACCUAUUUUGGCUGAAGGAGAAAUGUAAUUUAUUACAAAUCAAAACUGUAUCUCUACAUCCCGCUGAGAGUUCAGGCAAGUAGGUAGCUAUGGGGGCUUCGUAACUUUUCUUUUUAAAUCGCUUCGUUUCCCACCUUCCGUCGUUUUUGUCUAUGGUCGUCGUCAAUCGACGAAGAUCGACGUUUUAGCGAUUUCGCGGUAUAGCUCGUCGUUCCGGCGAUCUUGAUGUGAUUCCCGAUUCCAUGUACGAUACAGAUCGCCCCUCCACAUUCUCCCCGUAAUAUCGUCCGGUCUUACGAGCGAGGCAACUCGCGAUAACAGCAUUGCGUAUAAGGUUUACUUUACCACAAUUUCAGAUCUAACAAGACCUCACACUCUUUUGGUGGAACCAUCAGCCAAUGAGGCAUGCAAAUAUGCAAAAUAUUGGUGGGCAGUCGAUGCGAAUCACACGUUCUAGGGCUAAAUCAUUUGCCUCUUCUGAUGGACUGCCCCCUUUACAUCCUUCAGGCAUAGAGAAUGGGAAACAGGUCCAGCGAGCAAGCCGCAAAAGAGCAGCAUCAGAUGAAAACAUUUCAAUUAGUGGGGCCCCUUAUGUUCAAUCGAAUAAAAGAGCAGUUCUUAGAAAUGUCACAAAUGUAGUCUGCGAGAAUUCGUACUUGAACUGUAUGCCUGGAACUAAAGUUCAGGAUGGAAAAAAUCGGGACAAGAAAAUUACAAAGGUGAUACCUGCGGUGUUAGGUAAAAAAAGGGCACAUGUUGUGGAUGAUAUGAAGGAAAGUAUAACUGAAGAACCAGACAAUUUGAAGGUUGAAAAAUCAGAAUGUAGCUCAUACACAAACUGUAAGCAGAAUGCAUUAGCACAGAAAAACAAUAGUGCCACCAUAGGACAAAGUACGGUAUGUGGUGUUCUGCAAUUAGUGAGGUGCAACUCCAAAAUUGUUCCACAGACGACUACACCCCCAACUGAUGAUGGCAAAAUUACCCCAAAGAUAAAUGACUUGGCUAGUCUGGGAAUUACAGAUAUAGAUACAAAUCACAUGGAUCCACAACUGUGCACUCUGUAUGCUGCUGAUAUAUAUGCAAAUCUGCAUGCUAAUGAGCUUGACCGGAGACCCUCUGUUGAUUACAUGGAAAAGAUUCAGCGAGACAUUACUGAAGGUAUGCGGGGCAUUCUGAUUGAUUGGCUUGUGGAGGUUUCUGAAGAAUACAGGCUGGUUCCGGACACCCUUUAUUUGACAGUGAACCUUAUUGAUCGGUUUCUCUCAAAAAACUACAUUGAGAAACGAAAACUGCAACUGCUUGGCGUUACAUGCAUGCUAAUUGCGUCAAAGUAUGAAGAAAUUUGUGCACCACGCGUUGAAGAAUUUUGUUGUAUUACAGACAAUACAUACUCAAGAGAAGAGGUUGUUAAAAUGGAGAGUCAUGUUCUCAACCUUUUGGGCUUCCAACUUUCUAUUCCUACAACCAAGAAAUUCCUUAGGAGGUUUGUUCAAGCAGCACAGACUUCUUAUCAGGUUCCUUCUGUUGAAUUGGAAUUCAUGGCAAAUUAUUUGGCAGAGUUAACUCUUGUUGACUAUAGUUUCCUUAAGCUUCUCCCUUCUCUUAUUGCUGCUUCUGCUGUAUUUCUUGCAAGGUGGAUUCUUGAUCAGUCCACACACCCAUGGAACCCAACCCUUGAGCAUUACACCAGGUACAAGGCAUUGGAUCUGAAAAGUACGGUUUCAGCUUUGCAAGACUUACAGCUGAACACCAAGGGGUCAUCUCUAAAUGCCAUUCAUGAAAAGUAUAAGCAACCUCAGUUCAAGUGUGUGGCGACAAUAACAUCACCAAAAGCAGAUUUAUCUCUGUUCUAGAAGUAUCAGACUCACCCAUGCUGCUGCUGCUUCUACUGUCUAUUAGUAUUAGAUGUCCUUCGCCUACCCUCCCUAAGUGUCAGAUAAAAGCUCUCAUUCAUUUGUUCAUUCCCCUCCAUUCUCAAAUGGCUAAUGCAUCUGUUAGAUCAAAUUUUGGUACAAAUGUUAACAUGGGAUUUUCAGAUGCAAUUAUUCUAAAGCACGAUGGUGUUAUUAGACUGCAUCACUGUAUCUAGGAAAGCCUUGUAGUUAAGAAGAAAGCUAAAGCAGCAGAUGCAUAGUUUAGUUGCUGCCUUAAAGGAGCUACCUAAGCUCCUUGUGUACAAACAAUUGCAACUCUGGUGCUAUUUAUCACUACUGCUCAAUAUACUUG